ACAGCAAAACAUUCAUUAUUUUGGAGUUUAAAGUAUGUCAUCAUGACAAAAUUUCGAAGAAAGACUUGCAUCAUUUUGUCACUUUUUAUUCUUUUUAUUUUCUCUCUGAUGAUCGGCUUGAAGAUGCUGAGGCCAAAUACAGCAUCCAUUGGAACUCCUUUUGGGCUUGACCUUCUUCCAGAACUUCAUCCACCCAAAGCCCCCUUGGAAGACAAACUUGACUUCCAAAAGAGUGAUAGAACCAACAUGGAAACAAAUACCAAGAAUUUAAAAGCUGCUGGCAUGACUGUGCACCCACCCAAAGCCUCUGAAGUGAACCUAGAAGAGCUGCCUCCUCCGAAUUAUUUUUUACAUGUAUUUUAUUACAGUUGGUAUGGAAAUCCACAAUUUGAUGGUAAAUAUAUACACUGGAAUCAUCCAGUCCUGAAGCAUUGGGACCCUAGAAUAGCCAAGAACUAUCCACAAGGGAGACAUACUCCUCCAGAUGACAUUGGCUCCAGUUUUUAUCCUGAGUUAGGAAGUUACAGCUCUCAGGACCCAUCUGUCAUAGAAGCUCACAUGAGACAAAUGUGCUCAGCCUCAAUUGGAGUACUGGCUCUUUCUUGGUACCCACCUCACUCAAAUGAUGAGAAUGGAGAAGCUACUGAUCAUUUGGUACCAACUAUUUUGGAUAAAGCUCAUAAAUAUAAUCUGAAGGUCACUUUUCACAUAGAGCCAUAUAGUAAUCGAGAUGAUCAAAACAUGCAUAAAAAUGUCAAGUAUAUUAUAGACAAAUAUGGAAGCCAUCCAGCCUUUUAUAGGUACAAGACAAGGACCGGGCAGUCUUUGCCUAUGUUUUAUGUCUAUGAUUCCUAUAUCACGAAGCCUAAAGUGUGGGCCAAUCUGUUAACACCUUCAGGAUCUCAGAGUGUUCGAAGUUCUCCAUAUGAUGGAUUGUUUAUUGCACUUCUGGUAGAAGAAAAGCAUAAAUAUGAUAUUCUUCAAAGUGGUUUUGAUGGAAUUUACACAUAUUUUGCCACAAAUGGUUUUACAUAUGGCUCAUCACAUCAGAAUUGGGCUAACCUGAAAUCAUUUUGUGAUAAGAACAACUUGCUAUUUAUCCCAAGUGUAGGCCCUGGGUACAUAGAUACAAGCAUCCGUCCUUGGAACACUAAGAACACUAGGAACCGCAUCAACGGGAAGUAUUAUGAAGUCGGUCUAAGUGCUGCACUCCAGAUACACCCGAGUUUAAUUUCCAUCACCUCUUUCAAUGAGUGGCAUGAAGGAACUCAAAUUGAAAAGGCUGUCCCCAAAAGAACCACUAACACAGUAUACCUGGAUUACCGUCCUCACAAGCCAAGUUAUUAUCUAGAACUAACUCGAAAAUGGUCUGAAAAAUACAGUAAGGAGAGAAUGACGUAUGCAUUAGAUCAACAGCUGCCUACUUCAUAAUGUCUCACAGUUUAUUACAUCGCCUAGCUUCAGUAAACAUCCCGUGUUUUGAGUUAUGUAAAGAAAACUGUCAAAACCAAUGUGCAUUUGAUAGUUACCUUUAUCAACUAUUUCGUUUUUACUUUUUAAAAGAUGGUAUUACUUGUCCUACAAUGGACAAUACCGUACAACGAAAACAUCUGAUGAGAAAGAUUGUGUCUGUAACAUUCCUCAUGGCAUAAUUUUCUGAAUUUCUGACUGCAAUUGGAGUGUUAAUGGGAGGAUCUUUUAGGUUUUUGUUUUGCAGUAGAGAAAAGGCUUGCAUUAGAUAAAGCAGCUAACAUACAGGUAAGUCAUACUUACAUUUGGGUCAAAAGACAUAGAAGUGUGUACAUUUUAGGUACAUCAGAAAACAGAAAUACAGACUAAAGGACAGUAGAUGGUUAUGCUUCAUUUCCAAACUCCUCUGUGACUGAAAUUUUUUAGUAUUGAGAGUCUGUCUGGCUUCCCCUAGUGAUCAAAUUCACUUCUCAAGUUUCUUGUGAGCACAGACUUGUUAUUUUUUUUAAUAUUUUUUAAGUUUAAAUUAGAAACAAUCUUAUUUUACAUAUCAAUCCCAUUUCCCUCUCCCUCUGAUCGUCCCAUGUCCCCAACUGACCCCCCCCCCAUCCACUCCCCAGGGAGAGUGAGGCCUUCCAUGGGGGAUCAUCAAAGUCUUACAUCAUUUGGGGCAGGGCCUAGGCCCUCUCCAGAAACUUGUUUAAAUAACAGGCUAUUUUAUUAAUUUUCUCUAUUCUAUUAGUCAUGUUCUACUAAAAAGACCAGCUUUGUGCAGAGCAUCUGUGGUGUCAUCACUCAAAGACUCAGGUGUCUAUGAUGCAGAGUGCUUUGGAAUGUUUAAUGCCCCUGGUUUGUUCUGCUUAAUUAAAGACUAGAAACAUUAGGAGGUAGCUUGGUAAAUGUUAGUGACUGCUUCUCAGCUAUGAGGAAAACCAUUGUUUCUCAGUCAUCAAAGAUUUAUCAAGUUCAGAUAUUCUGUUUUUAAGGUAUCUUGUUAGUCCUUUUAGGUCUCAUUUUCUUAUUCAUGUGAAUCUUUUAUGUUCACCAGAGACUACUGAACUGAGUAAGAAAGGAUAAUGUUAAUAUUAGAAUUGUUUUCCUUUUAAUUUAAUUUUACCAUAAAUAAUACAGAAAAUUUACUUAUCACUUAAACUAGAGAUAGACAACCAUUAUUUUUAAGGUAACACCAUUUUUUCAGUUAUGUGCUCAUGUGAAAGUCUUAUACUUUUAUACUGUUGGGUUAAAAAGAAAAUGUGGGUGAUCCAUAGCUCUCAUAUGAUUACAAAUCGAAUACUUUUAUGCUAAAAAUAAAUUAUUUUAAAAAUGAGAAAUCGUAAAUAUUGACUGAAUUCAGUACUUAUAACAGCAAAAACAGCUAGUCUACUUAUUUUACUUAAAGGUGUUUUCUUAGUUCUACUGAGAGAAUCAGUUGCAUCAUGUUAACAAAUAAUGCAGGCUAAUCUCCAGAACACACAGAUAUUCAGAAACAGAUUGCUUCUGGAAUUGAACAUAAAAUACGCAGCAGAGGAGAAACAUUUUUAGGCUAAGGGAGAUAUUACACAUAUUAUACCUCUUUAAGUUUACUGAGUUCAAACAUUCAGAUUUUUAAAAAUUAAGAGCUGGAUCAUUUCAGUAAAUUGACUUGUGAUCAAUAUUAUAAUCAUUUCUUUUAUAAGGUAUUUAGUUUUGGGGAUUAACCCAUCUAAUUGUUUAGAUUAUAAAAAAGAACCAGAUCUUUUUCUGCUUCUAAGAAAUAAUUGUAAAAGGCUGCCCUUAUUAAUGUUUAUCU